AUGUCUGGUGAAAAGCGUCCUGCUCCAGAGGCCUUCGGGACUUCUCAACAACUCGUGGUGAAGCGCAACAAGGCCGUCGAAAACGCGGGAACCGAGCUUGUGAAGGGUUCCUCUCAGAAUGGAGCUCUUAUUCAAUCGGUCCCUCGCACAAGUGGUCUAGAUGCUCCUAUCAUGGAGCUCACAGGGCACUCCGGUGAAAUCUUCGCGGUUCGAUUCGACCCUACCGCGCAACACAUCGCAUCUGGAUCAAUGGACCGUUCCAUCUUGCUUUGGAAUACAUACGGACAAUGCGAAAACUAUGGUCAGUUGACAGGCCACCGAGGAGCGGUGUUGGAUCUUCAAUGGUCACGCGAUUCGCGGGCACUGUUCUCGGCAUCCGCAGACAUGACCCUUGGAAGUUGGGAUGUCCAGACGGGAGAGCGAGUACGCCGUCAUGUGGGCCAUGAGGAGAUUAUCAAUUGCCUUGAUAUUAGCAAAAGAGGACAGGAGCUUCUAGUCAGCGGCAGUGAUGACGGCUGCAUUGGUAUCUGGGACCCUCGGCAGAAGGAUGCUCUGGAUUAUCUUCAAACCGAACUCCCUAUCACCGCAGUGGCAUUGUCCGAAGCCGGCAACGAGAUUUACAGCGGAGGUAUUGAUAACACAAUCCAUGCUUGGGAUAUCCGGAAAAAAGCCAUUGUCUAUUCCAUGGCCGGACAUACAGAUACCAUCACAUCGCUACAAAUUUCCCCAGACUCACAGACUUUGUUGUCAAACUCCCACGAUUCUACCGUUCGCACAUGGGACAUCCGCCCCUUCGCACCUACCAACCGACACGUGAAGACCUACGACGGCGCUCCUGUCGGGCUAGAGAAGAACCUGAUCCGUGCCAGCUGGGAUCCCAAGGGUGAGAAGAUUGCCGCAGGUAGCGGUGAUCAGACUGUGGUCGUUUGGGAGGCCAAGACAGGGAAGUUACUGUACAAACUUCCGGGUCACAAGGGUACUGUCAAUGACGUGCGCUUUUCCCCCAACGAUGAACCGAUCAUCGUUUCUUGUUCGUCUGAUCGAAACCUGAUGCUUGGAGAGCUGGGUAAAUAA